CAGCAGUGUCAAGCCACCAGCAACACCAAAGAAACCACCAGUUAUCCAGCAGUAAAUCUAGUCAUGGCAUUGAUCAAGAUCACCCUUAUUUGCUGCGCUCUGAUCGCCGCCAUCGAAUGCGCCUUGCUUCCAGCUGCCGUUCCCGUGGGAGUUCCGCUGAACACCGAGGUGGAUCCGCAUCCGCAGUACGCCUUUGCCUAUAAUGUCCAGGAUGCCCUGACCGGCGAUAGCAAGAGCCAGCAGGAAGUGCGGGAUGGAGAUGUGGUCAAGGGUUCCUAUUCGGUGGUGGAUGCCGACGGAUCCCUACGCACCGUUUUCUAUACCGCCGAUCCCAUCAAUGGUUUUAAUGCGGUGGUGCAGCGUGGACCUGUCCCAGUGGCUGCUCGUCCUCUGGUGGCUCCAGUAGUGGCUGCUCCUCUUUUGGGUUGAAAACCCCAAUCCUCUAGAGCUCAAAACACACUGCUUGGAAUCUAGCUUUACACAUAACUUAUUGUCUGCUCCUUAGUCCGUUGUAAAUUCAUAAAUCACUUAAUAAUAAUAAAUUCAGUAAGCCAAAGAUACUUUGUUGAAAAUUAAAAA